AUGAGGGACCCGAACACGGGGAACUGGAUCCCGGAGAACCGUUUCGGCGACGUGGACGCCGCGGACCUCCGCGAAAUCCUCCUCUCGAAGAAGUAG